AUAGCUUUUAAACUGCUGCGCGGUUUUGCAGGUUGUUACUGGGCAUGCUUCUAUGCAACAUAGUCAGCGCUGAAAUGUUUCUUCCGAUAUACUACAAACUAGAAUUAUCGAGUGCUUAUGAGUACUUCAACGUUAGAUUUGGAACAGUUGUUCAAAAAAUCGCCACUACAAUUUACAUAGUUCAGACAAUAGCCUAUACUGGUGUGACAAUGUUUGCUCCAGCAUUGGUUCUAAAUGCCGUGGCAGAAUUUUCAUUGUGGGGAGCGGUUCUGUCCGUGGGGACGGUUUGCAUUCUAUACACCACACUGGGCGGUUUAAAAGCUGUCAUAUGGACUGAUGUCAUACAAGGUUGUGUAUUUCUGGCGGUAUUGUUGAUAGUUUUUUUCAUGGGUGCAGAACAUGCUGGUGGAUUCCAAAACGUAUGGAAAAUAUGUCGCGAUGGCGACAGACUCGAUUUUUUUAGGUUUGACUUUGAUCCGAGAUAUCGACUCACUUUCUGGUCUACUGUUUUUGGACUGGGAAUGAUGUGGACUAGUAUUACAUGCACAAACCAAGCAGUGUCUCAGCGAUUUCUUUGCUGUAGAUCAAUUAAAGCAGGAAAAAUGUCAAUGUAUUUGGCAACGAUAUCCAGUUUACUGAUAGCAAUUCUUCUCUAUAUAAUUGGCUUUAUCGCGUACGCAUAUUUCGGAGAUUGCGAUCCUCUACUGAGUGAAAAGAUAUCAGCCGCAGACCAGGUUCUACCUUAUAUGGUCAUGCUCGUCUUUCGUGAUCUCCCAGGAAUGUCUGGAUUAUUUAUUGCUGGACUCUUUUCAGCAUCGUUAAGCACAAUUUCAAGUGCAUUGAACGGAAUGACAUCUGUAACUGUCGGGGAUCUGAUCAAACCUCAUUUCAACUUUAGUGAAAACAAGCUUUUAUGGAUUUCGAAAGGCUUGACAUUGACAUACGGCAUCAUCUGCAUUGCAUUUGCAUAUCUCUCUUCAAUACUAGGCGGACUCAUACAAACAACUCUGAGUUUACUUGGAAUCUGCGCUGGGCCGUUGUUUGGACCUGUAGUGUUGGGAACAUUGGUUCCAUUUACUAAUUCCAUCGGGGCGACAAGCGGAAUGCUCAUAUCUCUUGCUUUUAAUAUUUGGAUUUUCGUUGGAUCCACAAUAUAUCCACCACCUCCAGAAUUUAUAAGAGCUAAGUACAUUACGACAUCGGGGUGUCCUGUCUCAAAUUCUACUCAGAAUUUCACCACAAUACCAUUGACGUCUUCAUCAUCAUUUCUCGCAACAGAUACCGACAAAACAUUGAUCGUUUCCGAGGAAAGACCAGCAAUAGCUGAUUUCUAUGCUGUAUCGUUCGCAUUAUACGCCUUGUAUGGCCUUAUGGUUAAUCUUCUAGUUGGACUCAUCGUAAGUUGUGUCUCAGGUGGAUUGAAAACACGUCAUCAUGUGAAUCCAAAUCAUAUUUAUUUGCCGUUUGAACACAAAUUACUUCGAUGGUUGCCAGAAAAAUUUAGAAGAAUUAUGAGACCGAAUUUUGUUACUACAGAGAGUGAGAUUUCACCGAAGCAAGAAUUAAAUCUGGAAGACAUCAAUAGUAACGGAAAUACGUCUGGCAAAGAAAACCCAGAUGGAAAACUAAACUCCGGAUUUAUUGAUGAUGAGACCAUUAUAACCACGAUGUGAAAUUGGAUCGUACCUUGGAAGUCGUCAUUUUUCGAUGCAAUCAGGCUAAACUUUCAAGUCAAGCAAUAUCAAAGGCAUUCGAAGAAUAUUGAUAAAGCUAAAUCAGAUUUGUUAACCAACCUGUUCUAAUAUGUUAUACUAGCUUAAACACAGGAAUUCGACAUUUUGAAAAUCUGUGAUUGAAAUGUGAGGAUCGGAAUGAAUACAAGUGUGGAACACACAUAAAAUUGUAGCCUUUAAAAACGGAAUUUUUGCUGUCUGUACUCAUUUUUGCGUUGUUUUUGCCCAAAUCUGUAGACGUUAUCUAAACAUUAUUUUUUAUUAUAUCAUUAUUGAAUAUCGCAAAUAUAAUUCAUACAUGUCAAUCAAGGUUACUCUUUCUUUUUAGAUUCAAAGUAAGAUAUCAAACAAUAUUGCCAAAUUGCCUUGAAAACAUUUUGAAUUGAGUGGUGAGAAAAACUUCUUAGUGCUAUUCUGUCUUCGUGAAAGCAUUGAUUUUAAUAAACAAUUACAUUUCUUUCGCCCUCAUUAACUCGGCAUGCACAAAAAGCAUUCUUUUCUUAUUCGACGCUUAGUUACUUUUUGUGACUUUUUAUUCGAGUACUAUAAUCCCUAUCUCAUGCUUGUAGCUUGACGUGUUUAUUUGUUCGCCUUCAGUAGGCAUUUUUCAUAUUACUUUAGGAAAUAAAUUUUAAUUCAAUAUUAUUAGCUUUUGCUCUGGCAUGAAAUCG